AUGCCGCCGAAGAAGUCAAAGAAGUCGACAAAUGCGUUCACCACAGCCAUGGAGACGAGGAAUAACUCCAAGUGUAAUGUUGAGUACGAGAAGUUGGAAGAGAUAGAGGACAGGCGGAACCGGAAUCGCUAUCAGUUCACGUCUGGACACUACAGAACGAAGGACUGGGAGAUUGUUGAGAUGGGUAGUGAUCCGAAUGGUGAAUAUCCGGGUCCGGUGGGAAAGGAUGCCGAGGGAGAGGAUGUCUAUCGUGUGGAAGCGGUUUACGAUUUUGAAUGGGUUAUCGAUACGGAUGACGAGGAAGGCGAUGGUUGGCCGGGAUUUAGUGUGCGUUGGAAAGGCUGGCCACCAGAGUUUGACACAAUAGAGCCGUUCGACCACUUGUUGGACACACGCGAGGCUCGGAGGUGUGCGAAGAUGUGCGGCAUUUACCUCAACAGCGGGUCAGCCAAUACACGUGUCCGGCAAAGAGGUGUUCGGUCGGCGCUCAAGAAGUUGCGGAAGAAGUACUCUCCAGAGGAAGUGAGGAAACGGUUUCUUCACUUCAUUAUGACGCGAUCGAAAGUAGAGGACAUUGCGGUCGAGGGCAACAGCUUCCAGAGGUUGGCCAACGAGUUGUUCCGUGAGAACAGGGCUUCAGACAAGUUCUGUUUGUUUCUGGGAUUCUUUAGUCUUAACAAUGAGAAAGAAUCUCAUCUUGUCUUCCAAUACGAGUUGAAUUUCUGGAGCGAUUUGAGGGCGCAGUGGUCUGAAUUGAGAAUUGAAUCGGAAUUUGAAUUGUAUCCGAAAUUCAUUGGCCAGAAACCGGAUGAGCUGAAGGAUGCGAACUAUAACGGGAGGUACUCCGAGUCCACACAGAAUAUCGCUACGGACUUCAGAAAAAUCCUGAAGAGGGGUAAGGGUGUGAUCGCUCUCAUUAUGAGUCGUGUCGGUGACGGCGCCCAAGAGGACACUCAUUGUUGUGUACUUGUGGUACGAGGGACCGGAGUCUUUGCUUUCAAUCCAACUCCUGAUGCCAUUCAUCCGCACAAAAAGGCGAGGGAUAUC